AUAACCAAAAUGUGUCUUAAUUUACAACAGUUAAUUUUAAACAAUAUAAAAUGUAUGUAAUGAGACAAAUUGACUCUUGUAGGCAUAUAAUGUAAGGGGACAAUGAUAAUGUAAUUGAGAAAUUGAUUCUUGUAUAAAUAUAAAUUUACAUUUAUGCUGGAAUAAUGAAUAUCGAAACAAAAACCUGUAGAGCUUGUUUAUCUCAAGCUGAUAAUUUGCAUCCACUAUUUUUUGACUACCACAAGUCAAUCGAGUUGUAUAAUGCUAAUACUAUUUUAAAUAUGUUUAUUACUUGCACUUCUCUAGAAGCAACCCAAUAUGACCAGUAUCCAAAACAUAUUUGUCAUAAUUGUUUAAGAGAUUUAAAUACAGCUUAUGAAUUUUGGAAACGGUGCAGAAAUUCUAUAGAAGAACUAAAUCAUAGGAAUGAAAGUUUAGUAUUGUUAAAAAGCGAAUUUGAUAUAAAGCCUGAAAUUAGUAAUGAGGAAAAACUUAAAGAUCCACCACGUCCAAGUUCUGAUCAAAUAAACACACAUAAUAAUUUAGAAAGAAGAAUGAAUGAUGUUAAAGUUUGUCCUGAAAAUAAUUUGAAUUACUUUUAUAAUAAAUAUUAUGGAAUAGACCAACAAAACCCUAACACAAAUGCAGAUUAUGGAGAAAGUACAUCAAACUCAAAGUCUGAGGGUCACCUUCCUUUUAUUCAAGAUACAAAAAUAAUAGACAAAAAUAUAGAAAUUGAUGAUGAUAAUGAAACAUAUGAAACACCAAUAUUUGAUUUAGAAGAUCAAGUUAAUUAUAAAAUAAACCUUAUACAAAAUUCAUUGCAAUCAACUUCGAACAAAAGCUCAAGUGAUGAUAAGAUGCAAAGUGCUGACAAGAUCAAACCUAAGAGCUCUCAAAAACGAAUAAAUAAACAUAAAACCAGUGCAAACAAAACUAAGAAUGUUUUAAAAGAAAAAUCUACAAAAAGCCAGAAUGAAGAACGAUCUGCCAAAUCACAUUUAUGCCACGAAUGUGGCAAAUCAUUUGCUAAACCCAGUCUUUUAAUUCGCCAUUCAGUAAUUCAUUCAGAUUUUAGAGCCUAUAAAUGUGAAACUUGUGGCGCUCAAUUCAAAAUUAAAGCUAACUUUACAGUUCAUUUACGGAUUCAUAAUCCUGAUCCUAAUAUACAAUAUAAAUGUGAGCAUUGCGAUAAGAUCUUUGAUAACUGGAACAAGCGAUAUGUUCAUACAAAACUGAAACAUUUGCCUAAAUCAUUUAUCUGCGAAGUGUGUUCAAAAGCAUUUGCACUUAAACGGUUUUUAGACAGCCAUAUGAAAACACAUACUGGUGAGAAGCCACAUCCGUGUACUGUGUGUGGUAGAAAAUUCAGUAAUAAAUCUACUCUUAAAGAACAUAUGAGAACGCAUACAGGAGAAAAAAGAUUUUCUUGCACUGUCUGUGAUAGGAGAUUUACAUUUAAAAAAAAUGUUGUUCAACACAUGGUCACACAUACUGGGAUUAGAAAACAUGAAUGUGAUAUUUGCAAAAAGACUUUUACUCAGAGACAUGUUUUAAGAUCUCAUUUGAAAAUGCAUGAAAAAGACAAACAAAUACAAGUGUAAAUUAUU